CGUGUGUUUAGUGGGUAUAUGACAUGUAGCCAUUUCAUCGCGUCAAAGCCGGAAAGGUGGAAGGUAAGGCGUCCCCUCGUUCAAUUCUCCUGCGGUUCUCCAUCAUCACUGCCUGUCUCCGGCAGGCGAUCGAGCCCUCUGUUUCUUUGGGGUUUAUAGAAGUAUACUUACAUUAUCUCGAAAGGGAAUGGCAGCAGGCGCAGGCAGUCAACAAAGCUUGAGAAAAGCGUUGAAAUCAGUUGGAUUGGCAAAAGCCAAUGGUGAAUUUAAGGUAUUGGAUAAUGCCAUUUCCAAGGCCACAAGACAUGAUGACGCAUUGCCAAAGGAGAAACAUGUUAUUACUAUACUACGUGCAAUUCCAGCUUCAAGACCUCGUGCUGAAGUUGCUUAUUGCAUACAUGCUCUAGCCAGGCGCCUUUCUAAGGCUCACAGUUGGAAGGUAGCGCUGAAAACCGUGAUGGUUAUACACCGUGCUCUGCGGGAAGUUGAUGAUACUUUUUGUGACGCUCUAAUUAAGUAUAGCUGGAGUAGAGGUCAUAUUCUGAACAUAUCUCAUUCGUGGGAUGAAACAAGUCCAAGUGCAUGGGGUUAUUCCACCUGGGUUCGUUUAUAUGCAUCAUAUCUCGAAGAACGCCUGGAGUGUUUUCGUGUCCUGAAGUAUGAUGUUCAGAAAGAUCACUUGAGAACCAAGGAACUUGAAACCCCAGACUUAUUGAGGCAUCUACCUGCCUUGCAACAGCUUCUUUCUCGCCUUCUUGAUUGCCAGCCAGAAGUGGGGACUAUAUGUAAUACCCUGAUUCAGUAUGCUAUUUCAAUGGUUGCAGGUGAAAGUGCCAAGUUGUAUGCUGCAAUUACAGAUGGUAUUGUCAAUUUAGUUGACAAGUUCUUUGAGAUGCAGCGCGAUGAUGCAGUCAAAGCACUUGAAAUUUAUAAGAAGUCGGGAAGCCAGGCAGAGAGGUUAUUUGAGUUCUUUGAGAUCUGCAGGAGCCUUAAUUUUGGACGGGGGCUGAAAACGGUUAGAAUUCAACAGCUCCCUGAAUCAUUCUUGACCACCAUGGAAGAUUAUGUUAAGGAGGCUUCCGGUGUUGUAAUGCUUGAACUUCCCCCAACCAUUGAGGAUCAAACUGAUGCUCCCAAGGAAACUGUUGUGGUAGAAGGGGACUUGUUAAUCGACCAUGAUGAUAAUAAGGAACAAAAAUCAGCACCUCAACAUCCAAGUGACCAGAGUGAGGCUGCUGCGACAACACAAAUUUUUGACCUGCUGAGCUUUGAUGAAGUUAUUCCAGUAACAUCAGAGUCAGAUGAAAACAAUUCCCUGGCACUAGCAAUCGUUCCGUCGGAGAAUCCGACAGAUUCCAAAACAGAUGGUCUCAAUUCUACAACCUCCAACUCUAGUUGGGAGAUUGAACUUUUUACACCAACUUCUAAUGGAGCUGCAGUUCAAGAGACACCGUCAACUUCUAAUGCAGCUGGAGUUGCAGAAACUAAGUUGGCUGGUGGGCUAGACAGAUCGACACUGGACAGUCUGUAUGAUAAUGCAAUGGCAAGUACACCAAAUCAGAACAACAUGUACUCCCCAGCCGCACUGGCACCCUCUAAUCCUUUUGAAGAUGUUGCUACUUCUUCAUACCAAUUCCAAGACCCUUAUUAUGCUUCCAGCAAUGCACCAACCCCAGCAAACUUACAAAUGGCUAUCAUGACCCAACAGCAACAAUAUUUCAUGAUGAUGCAGCAACAACAAGUGCAGCAACUAGAGUCACCCAGCAUUGUCCAAAAUCCACCGAGUCCUUACCAAAAUCCUCUAAGUCCUUUCCAAAAUUUACCAAAUCCUUUCCAAAACCCACCAAGUCCUUUCCAAAAUUUACCAAAUCCUUUCCAAAAUCCACCAACACCAAGUCCUAGCCAAAAUCCACCAACACCAAGUCCUUUGCAAAAUCCAUCAAGUCCUUUCCAAAAUUUACCAAAUCCUUUCCAAAAUUCACCAACACCAAGUCCUAGCCAAAAUCCAUCAACACCAAGUCCUCCUUUCCAAAAUCCCACCUAGUCCAUUCCAAAAUUUACCAAAUCCUUUCCAAAAUCCACCAACACCAAGUCCUAGCCAAAAUCCACCAACACCCAGUCCUUUCCAAAAUCCAUCAAGUCCUUUCCAAAAUUUACCAAAUCCUUUCCAAAAUUCACCAACACCAAGUCCUAGCCAAAAUCCAUCAACACCAAGUCCUUUCCAAAAUCCACCAAGUCCAUUAACCUCUUCUGGGAAUCCUUCUGAUGGACAGAUCAGUAAUCCUCCACCUCAGGAUUCACACAAUGGCCUCAUUUAGCAGCCGCAGUUUUCCGAGUUAUGCAUGAAAGAAUUAAAUGUAAAAACUCCAUUGGAUUUAUGUAUUAAAAACUCAUCAUCCCAUCAUGUAUACCCCAUGAAUCAAUCUCCCAAAUCUCAGCAUUUGUUGGCAGAUUAAGAUACUGGGAUUGCCAAUAUGAGGCUAUCGAAGAGGAUGACUUGAUGAGAAACAUUGCCAAAUGCUUUUGGGAUCUUUUGUGUGCUUCAUACAAGUACACAAUGUUGGCCGAACACUCCAAAAUAAUUCAGAAGCCCAAUAGGAAGUUGUAAUUCGAUACUGUAAACUAGUUUACAACUACAGAUGUGAGAUACCUAAAUUAAAUGGGUUGGUCUCAAUGGCAUUGUUUCCUACAUAAAUCAUUUCUAGAUUGAUUUGUAAUGCAGAGAAGCAAUAAACAAACA